UUUUUAGCAAUGACAGUUCAAAACCUUGACUCGAUUCCGAUUAGGAACCGAUUCUGAUUUCUGUCAAUGAUCUAUUGUUGUUUUAAACCUAAAUACAUGAAUUAUUUCUUUGUAAAUAUCUCGCGUUAAAUGUAUAUUUUUUAAAUCUAGUCAAAUACAUGUUUGAUAGGUGUUUACGUGAGUUUUAGCCUAGAGUCUCUGUAACGAGUCGAUUUUUAUGAUUCAGAACCGACUCCGUUUAAUAUAGUGCAUGAAUUCAGAGAGUCGACUCUUUUCGAGCUCCGUUUUAGGAAAUAAUAAUAACAAUAGUAGUACAGGGGCAUCUGUAACAAGCAACAUGAUAAAGCUCCUGAGCUUCUGGUGACUCAGUGGGCGCCAUGCAGAGACGCCACAGUAGUAACACAGAUGGCAUGCCAGCUGAAAGGAACAGGAGUCAAACUCUGGGAUCUGAGAGCAGCCUGGACGAAGGAGGUGUGUUCGACUGUUUAAAGCCUGAGUCUCCGACCUCACCCCAGCAGCUCUUCUCAGGCCUGGUGGGCGUGUCCGCCAGUGCCGUGACCUCCGCCCCUUUCCAGGCUGCCGGACUCGUCCUCGGGUCUCCUCCCGAAGUCUUCAUCCAGAUGACGACCUCGUCGCGCGAUGAUGCCUGUCACCGGGCUGAGAAUGCGGCGUUUCUUCCACGCCCUGCCCAGCACCACCACCAUCACCACCACCAUCACUUCCACCAGUCGGGGCAGCACCGCUCCGCCCUGCUUCAUUCGGCAUCCUCGAGAGACGAGAGACAGGGCAGCAGGGACGACGGAGGUGAGAAGGGGAUCCGCAUUACAGGAGAUGAAGCGUCUGCACCGGCUCCCGCUCUGUCCGAGCUAAAAGCUGUGGUCACGUGGCUGCAGAGGGGAUUUCCUUUCAUCCUCAUUCUCCUUAUUAAAGUCUGUUUCCAGCACAAGCUCGGUAUCGCUGUGUGUAUUGGCAUGGCUAGCACGUUCGCCUUUGCUAAUUCGACCCUAAAGCACCAGGUCUCGCUGCGGGAGGAGAGGUCCAUCUUUGUGGCUCUUUGGAUUCUGGUGUUCCUGGCGGGCAACAUAGUGUAUGUGUAUUACACUUUCAGUGCUGAGGAGCUGCACAACAGUUUGAUAUUUGCAAAGCCAAACAUCAACAGUUACGAUUUCUUCAACCUGAUCUGGGUGGUCGGAAUCACCGACUUUGUGCUCAAGUACUUCACCAUGGCUGUCAAGUGCCUCGUUCUCUUCUUACCCAAAAUCCUUCUGGCUUUCAAAUCCAGAGGAAAGCUCUAUCUGCUUAUCGAGGAGUUUAGUCAGCUCUUUCGCGCUCUGGUGCCCAUCCAGAUGUGGUACAAGUACAUCAUGGGCGAGGAACCAUCCAGCAGCUACUUCCUGGGUGCAGCGUUGAUUAUUAUAUACAGCCUGUGCAAGUCAUUUGACCUGUGUGGAAGAAUAUCAGGGAUUCGAAAAGCCUUCGCCGUGUUCUGUAGCUCGCAGAGUUACGGUAUGAGAGCCAGCACACAGCAGUGCAAUGAGGCGGGAGAUGUGUGUGCAAUCUGCCAAGCUGAGUUUAGAGAGCCAAUCGCUCUGCUCUGUCAGCAUGUGUUCUGUGAAGACUGUCUGUGUCUGUGGUUCGACCGGGAACGGACGUGUCCGCUGUGCCGUGCCGUCGUCGUGGAAACACCGCGCAGCUGGAAGGAUGGCACCACGUCUGCCCAUUUUCAGAUCUACUGACGUUAGACUCCCAUUAAAACACUACAUAGGGGGAGUGAUCACUUCCUAGAUAUUGACCAUUACACCACUACUUACUGUAGAUCUAGGCGAGAUUAAAACAAAUAAGAUGUAUGUUCAAAUUGCAAAGAAAAAUAAAAUUUUAAAAGAGAGAUGCAUAAGAAAUGAAAAAGAUGCAUCAAGCUGCAUAAAGGCUGGAUUUAUAAUCACUUCCUGAUUCCCAGAGAUUCCUGUCCUAACUCGUAGCACAGACUUAACAUCUUUUUCCAUACUGUAGAGGGAACGUUGCUUUGUUCCGCUGCAUCAGCACUUUUUAAGCGUAUAAAACUUGUAACGCCGAUUAUAGAAUUUCAAGAAAGAGAAAGGCUUGUUUAUUUAUGCAGUGUUGCCCCCUACUGUUCCCCACAGCAGCAUACUUUAUUCAUCUUACAGCUUUUAAAAAAUACCUGUUCGAUAAUCCUCUAAUGCAUGAUAAUCUCUGACUGUACUUUUGUUUUUACUUCCUCGAUUAAAAGCCUCUUUUAGUAACAAAGAAGAAAUUUACAAAUCAUUUCCUUUUUUCCCAGUUCAAAAGAAUUUUAUUGGCAGAAAUCACAGAAAAAUCACAAUAUCAAAAUAGCAGGGCUAAAUCACGUAGAGUAAAAACACGAGUAAGGCGAGCUAGGUUUAUAAUCCAGUGUGUAGAAAAGACUGUAGAUUAUGUAA